AUGGUCAGGACAAUUUGUGAAGGCGACUUGUGUGAUUUAUGCAGUGCUGAGGUUUAUUCUUGCCGCUGCGAUCAGCCUCGAGUGAUCUUAGAUCCUCCAACAGCUUGUUUCGGCAUGUUUUUCCCUUGCUCUCUAGGUGUAAGAGCCAUCUGUGUCUGGCUGACAUUUCGGAGCCUCCUUGCGAGCCCGGCAGUACUUGGCCAUUCUUUGCUACCGUUGUUUGCUCUUGAGAGGAACUACACGAAUCUCAACCAUGGAUCGUACGGAGCGACUCCGCUUCGUGUUUUGCAGGCUGAGAGGGAGUGGCAAGACGUCAUGGAGCGCAAUCCAGAUCAGUGGUUUCGAUUCGACGGGCCAGAAACGCUCAUUGGAGCCGCUGACCUGGCGCGUGCUCGAGUAGCCGAGUACGUGAAGGCAGAUGCGAGAGACGUGGUCUUCGUCGAUGGUGCGUCUGCCGGUGUGAAUGCUGUCUUGCGCUCCAUCAAUCUUCCACCUCAUUCAUCUAUUCUGUAUUUAAAUACUGCCUAUCAGAUGGUCAAGAACACGAUCUCAUAUGUCAAUGGCGAGCGGCAGCAGCGGUCCGUGCAAGUAAAUAUUUCAGUACCAAGCAGCAAAAGUGAAAUCCUGGAGGCGGUCCAGAAUGCGCUGGACAGUAAUCCUUCCGUAGAGCUAGCCAGCUUCAGUCAUAUUACAAGUGUUCCUGCAAUCCUCCUACCUGUGGAAGAGCUGGUGCGGAUAUGCCAUGAAAAAGGCGUCAUGGUUUUGAUCGAUGGCGCACAUGCCUUGGGGCAAAUCCCCUUAGACAUUCCCAAGACUGGUGCAGACUUUUACGUGGCCAACGGCCACAAAUGGCUCUACAGUCCGAAAGGAAGUGCCAUCCUUUGGGUUGCCAGGGACAAGCAGCACUUGAUUCACCCCAAUGUGAUCAGCGACGAGGGCAAGGGCCUGAGCUUCUUCCAACUGCAGUUUUCUUACACCGGCACCAAAGACUACAGCGCCUUCCUGGCAAUGUCUGCUGCUUUGGAGUUUCGAGAGGCUCUGGGAGGAGAUGCUCGGAUUCUGGACUACGUGUCCACCUUGGCCGUUCAGGGAGGCCAGCGGCUGGCCGAGGCUUUGGGCACUGAGCCCAUGCCGACCGGAGGCCUCGCCAUGGUGAAUGUGCCUCUUCCAGAAGUGGCCAUGAUCUGUUGUGACAUGAAGACCGCUCAGAGAGUCCUUCUGAAACACCGGACUUUUGUACCAUUCUACCUGUGGCAAGGGCAAUGCUUCGUCCGGGUCAGCGCGCAAGUUUACAACGAGGUCUCUGACUUUGUCUACCUGGCAGGUGCCUUGCGGGAUGUCCUUCAGCACGACUGUUUCCCAUCUGAAGUUGAUAUCUAA